CUCUCCUCUGUUCCUCCUCCUCCUCCUCCUCUCCGCAGGCCUUCUCUCUCUGCGGGCCGCGGCUGCGAUCAGGAAGUGAAUUUGAAGAGAAAAGCGGCUGAGGAGGGAGGAUGACAUAGAGAGCGAAAGGGGGAGAGAGGUGGGAGAAAAGCAAGCGGAUGAACUAAACGGUGGGAAGAGCCGAGCCUGUUUCUGGUACCGUUUUUUGGAGCUGUUCCACCCCGGGAUAUAGAUCCUCUCUGCAGCGCCCCAAAAAUAUCUUAAAGAAAAUGCUCAUAAAGGAAUAUCGGGUGAUUCUUCCGAUCUCUGUGGAAGAGUAUCAGGUUGGCCAGCUGUACUCUGUGGCUGAAGCCAGUAAGAAUGAGACGGGUGGAGGUGAAGGGGUGGAGGUGCUAAAGAACGAACCCUAUGAGAAUAAUGGAGAAAAGGGGCAGUAUACACACAAAAUUUAUCAUUUGCAGAGUAAAGUGCCGUCAUUCGUCAGAAUGUUGGCUCCGUCUUCAGCCCUCAACAUCCAUGAGAAGGCCUGGAACGCAUACCCAUACUGUCGUACAGUGAUCACAAACGAGUACAUGAAAGAUAACUUCCUGAUCAAGAUUGAGACAUGGCACAAACCUGACAUGGGACACCAAGAAAAUGUACAUGGUUUAGAUGCAGAAACCUGGAAGAAGGUGGACGUAGUCUAUAUUGAUAUUGCAGACCGAAGCCAGGUGGAGCCAAAGGAUUACAAGCCAGAGGAGGACCCUUGUAGGUACAAGUCAGUGAAGACGGGACGAGGUCCUCUAGGACCAGACUGGAAGAAGGAGCUUCCUAACAAAAAAGACUGCCCACACAUGUGUGCCUACAAACUGGUCACAGUCAAGUUCAAGUGGUGGGGUCUGCAAAACAAAGUGGAGAGCUUCAUUCAGAAGCAAGAGAAGCGCUUGUUCACUAAUUUCCACCGCCAGCUGUUCUGCUGGAUUGAUAAGUGGAUUGAGUUGAACAUGGAGGACAUUCGUCGCAUGGAGGAGGAGACGCGUAAGGAGCUAGAUGAGAUGAGAGUGAAAGACCCGGUAAAAGGGAUGGUGGCUCUAGAAGACUGAAGUCGUGUUGGACGUGAAUGCUGCUGCUCAUCAGAAAGCCCAGAAACCAGCGGAUUCACUCRUCCUUUUGUCUCAACUGGCACGUCUGACCAGCCGUCCAAACCCCACGUCCUGCAGUACAGUCUGGUUUGCAGGGAACCGGACCCAAUACACCCCGAGUUUUCAGCUGAUCUCCUCCGUGCCACCUAUCCUUUUUUAAACCCCAUCUGUCCUUUUAUUUGUUUCAUACAUCUAAUGUCCCCGUAAUGUACUUGGACUCCUCCAGUAGCAGCGUCAUAGGUCUCAUCGAUCACUCUUCCCUUUCUCUCAGAAUCAUUCAAAACUACAGACAAUAAGAAUAUUGUCAUCAUCUCUGCGAUUUAGGACUUAUUUUUUAAUUCAGAUCUCCCAGUGAUGUGUAUAUAAAUACAUAUACAAAUAGUCUGCUGUAUACUUCUGACCAAUCAGAGAGGGGUUUCUUUUUUCCUUGUACCUGCCUUCAUAUGUCACGUGUGUGUGUGUGUGUGUGUGUGUGUGUGUGUGUGUGUGUGUGUGUGUGUGUG